UAUAGUGUAAAUACGACGCAAUAAUUCUUUGCAUAGACUAUAGAGUAUAAAUCGAUUAUAUCUUUAUUUAUAAGUUGAUGAUGUGAAUUUUCUAGACUUAACGUGGUGUAUUGUUUAUUGUGGAAUAUUGGUGUAAAUCUAGAUAUAGUCGCGGAUAAAGUAAAUUUAUAAAAUCUGAUAAGGAAAUACACAUCAAUAUGAUGCAAUCGAGUAUGAGCGCACAGCAGAGCCCUGGUAACAUGCAACCUGUGGAUAGAGAAAAGAUAUAUACCUGGAUUUUAGAGCUUUGCCAUCCAGACACUCGUGAAAAUGCUCUUUUAGAACUGAGCAAAAAACGAGAGGUUGUGCCAGAUUUAGCUCCCAUGCUGUGGCAUAGUUUCGGAUCCAUGGCCGCCUUAUUGCAAGAAAUCACGAACAUUUACGUGGCAAUGAUUCCUCCAACAUUAACAGCACAUCAAAGCAAUAGAGUUUGUAAUGCACUUGCUUUGAUGCAGUGUGUUGCAUCCCAUCCCGAGACUAGAACCCCAUUUUUACAAGCGCAUGUCCCACUGUUUCUUUAUCCGUUUCUGCAUACUGUCUCUAAAACGCGACCAUUUGAAUAUUUACGUUUAACUAGUCUGGGCGUUAUUGGAGCGCUUGUUAAAACAGAUGAACAAGAAGUGAUAACAUUUCUCCUAACAACAGAAAUUAUACCUCUGUGUUUACGCAUCAUGGAAAAUGGCUCAGAACUUUCUAAAACCGUAGCUACAUUUAUAUUACAGAAGAUAUUACUUGAUGACAGUGGCUUAUCUUAUAUUUGCCAAACCUAUGACAGAUUCUCUCAUGUGGCUAUGAUUUUGGGAAAAAUGGUUUUAUCAUUAGCAAAAGAGCCAUCGGCAAGACUUCUGAAACAUGUAGUGAGGUGCUAUUUGCGUUUGUCUGAUAACCCACGAGCCAGAGAAGCCUUACGACAAUGUCUACCCGAUCAGUUAAGAGAUGCAACAUUCAGUGCCUGCUUACAAGAAGACAACUCAACUAAGCACUGGCUGGCUCAGUUGAUCAAGAAUCUUGAAGCUCAACCUCCCCCAGCAAGCCCAGCACAACCUAGCAUGUGAGAGUCGGCUGUGCCAAGUUAUGCCUUAUACAACAUGUUCCACAAGUGGUGAAACCAGUAAAAUUUCUAAUUUAACAGCUCAGAUGCAUGUAAUGUAAAAUGUAAUACUUUAUGGGGAGUUAAUUAAUUAUUCACAUACAGCCUUUUAAUACAUUUAUAUUGGUUAUGCGUUGCAUGCAUUCAUUAAUCUUUAUUUUACUUAUAAAGGAGGAUGGCGAGAAUGGACCCACAUAAUUUAAAAAUUAAGGAAGUAUAGUACAAUUAAUUAUAAACUUAAGUUUAUAUGAUAUUUAUACAAAAAUUAUUAUGCUAUGAUAUGGGAGUCUAAAGAAAUAAAUUAUCAUAAUUUAUUAAAAAAUAACUCAUCUUACACUAUCGGAACGUUUUGCGCAAUUGACAUCUUUUUGACAUGACAAUCAUUUUUUAUAAGGAUGUUCCGACACCAUCAAAUUGUCUAUACCUACUCAAAUCAGUAAUUCAGUAGUAAUUCAAAAUAAGAUACAAUAAGAUUAUUAUAGUAUCUUUUAGGAGACAGUAAUUUUAAUUUUUUUGACAUGACAGUCAUUUUUUAUAAGGAUGUUCCGACACAAUCAAACUGUCUAUACCUACUCAAAUCAGUAAUUCAAAAUAAGAUCCAAUAAGAUUAUUAUUGUAAGUAUCUUUAAAAGAUUUGAUACCUUUUACUUUCAUGUAUAUCUUUUUUCUCCCACUUUUUAAGACUUACUUAUGAUUUGCUUUUUUCUUAGUUUUAUAACAUUCUACAAUUAUUAAUAAGUUUCCAUGAUGAUGCCGCUUCUUUCAGUGGGUCCCAUAAUACAUGCAUUCUCGCUGUCCUCCUUUAGAAUGUGAAUCAUAUAAUAUAAAUACUAGGUUAACAUUAAUAAAAUUUGUUAUUAUUAUCUAAAUCACCUUAUAAAUCAAUAUAUUUUUAUGACUGUGGUAAUACAUAAGGUUGUUAGUAUAGAAACUAUCUGUAUAACAUUAUUAUGAAAUAAUGAUUCUAUUGUUAUUGUCUUAAAAUUAUGUAAGGUAGGAUUAAGUUUAGUGAUAUUUUUAUGCUUACUGCUCUUAUGGCUCUUCAAACAAUAUUAGGUUUAUACCCUUGACAAUAGAACUAUGCAUGGAAAAACUAAAGCAUCCAAUCUAAAACUAUCAAUAGGUUUUACAUAACUUAUCCAAUUGUAUAAUUUUCAAUAUAGCAGUCCCAAAUAAAUUAUAACAUACGAAUAAUAAUAAGACUUGGUUUUAUUUUAUUUUCAAUUAUAAAUACUUCUUAACACUAAAACUUUUUGUAGGGUUAGUUUUAAAAUUCCAGAUAUAGUAUAUACACAUAGGAUCACCCUUUGAUCCUAAUGUCACGAAGCUGGGUUUACCCCAUUGAAAGUAAGUACAUGAAUUUGCAGACUUGGGUUCAAAUAAAGUUUAACUAAAUCCAAGAAUGCCAACACAAUCCACAAAUGCUUUUGUUGUUAUGAACUCUGAAUACAGAACAAAUCAGAAGAAGUGUUCAAUCACAUUUCUACACAUUGUGUCCAAAAAAAGCUCUGCCGAUGCCUCACUCUCCGCUCUGGGCUAACAACACUAUAUACAUUACCACUCUUAAUAUUUUUAAAAAUAUGCUACUUACAAAUGAAAUUUAACCCUGAAAACUGACAGCUGUAACUAGUUGUAAACAGUAUGCAGGUUUUUCCAUUGCUACUCGACAAUUUAACAAACUACGCCAUUGUGGCGUAUUUAAAACUGCCCCACUAUUGAGCACAUUGACAGUUCUAGUUUCUCUAUUCCAAGGGUAUGAAUAAAAUUUUAUGAACAUUUGUAAGCUAUGUUAUCUUUAUAGGUACAAAACCAGAUGAAAUACAAAUUUUGUGUGCUGAUGUAACAAGACUAUUCAAAUAAAUUUUUUGAUUUAUAAAUAA